AUGAUGAUAUCAAAGGAAAUGGCAGAUACAUAUGGAUUAAUUAUUGUCGGCAAUAGUGGUGUAGGUAAGAGCUUCUUAGCUAAUAUUAUUCUUGGUAAACAAUACUUCAAGCAUGAUUUCUCUGCUCGAUCCGUAACACAUCGAACUGAAUCAAUAACAUGCAUAUUGGGUGACAAACAUUAUAGAAUUUAUAAUAUUCCUGGUUUAAUUGAGGGGGAUGAAGAGCGCAUCUCUCUAAACAGACAUGAAAUUAGCCGAGCAUUUGAGGAACAAAAAGAACAUUCACUUGUUGUUAUUUAUGUCUUUGGACAUCAAAAUGGGAGAAUUCGAAAUGAAGAUGUUGUUACGUUUCAAGCCAUUCAUAACGCUUAUACAUUUAAUCCGGAUUCAUUAAUAACAAUAGUUAAUGCCCUACCUUCUGAUCGACCCAACACAUACAAUGAAAAUACUCAAGCUACGCUUAUUGAUUUACUCGGUAUGAAACCAGGUCACAUUUGUUUCAUUGAUCGUCUCAAAUUAGGUAGCAUACAGGAGGAAAGGACUCGGACAUAUUUAAUUGAUACAAUUUUAAAUGUUCAUCCUCGAAUACAUAUUAAAAAUAACGAUAUCAGUUUGAUGGCUGAUAAUGUCCUUAAACUCCAAGCUGAUCUCGAUAUGAUGCAGAUUAAAUUGUAUACCGAACAAUAUGAACAUGAAGAUGUAAUAGCAAGUAUGGGGCGAGAAAUUGAAUCGGCUCAACGUGUAUCAACUUUGCAACGUUUGUUUGUUCAAGCCAAAGCUAAUCUUCGUCGAUUAGUGAGUUUUCGUGAGCAACAAGAACACUUGAUGAGUGUUAUUGGACAAUGGGAAGCAGAAGAAAUUAGAUAUGUAAGUGAUCCAACAUCUGAUCUUUAUAUUCUAGCUAGAAUAAGUAAGCUAGAUGCUCAAGAACAAUUAACAAAAAAUUUUACUACACAACAUCACAUUAAUGUUUCAUUAACCAUAUGUCGAAAAGAUAUUGAACAGAUUUGUUUUGAACUUGAGCAAAUUUAUGAUGGAAGAUUUGAUCGGGAAUGUGAACCUAUUCGUGAAUAUUACAUUCUUCUUGAUAACUUGCGCUUUGAUUCAACUGUUAUUGAUGUAAAACAUGAUUUUAUCAAUGAUUUAUAUGCUUUUACAUGUCUUCGUUUUGGUAAUAUUGAAUAA